CCCCGGAAGUCCGACAGGGCGCAAAGUCGGCCGCGCUUCGCGACAGAGCCGUAAAGGCGUGCGGACCGGGAAGCAUGGGGCUGUAUGCCGCCGCGGCGGCCGUGCUGGCUGGCGUGGAGAGCCGCCAGGGCUCCAUCAAGGGGCUGGUGUACGCCAGCAGCUUCCAGAACGUCAAGCAGCUGUACGCGCUGGUGUGCGAGACGCAGCGCUACUCCGCCGUGCUGGACGCCGUGAUCGCCAGCGCGGGCCUCCUCCGCGCCGAGAAGAAGCUGCGGCCGCACCUGGCCAAGGUGCUGGUGUACGAGCUGCUGCUGGGGAAGGGUUUCCGCGGCGGCGGCGGCCGCUGGAAGUCGCUGCUGCGCCGGCACCAGGCCAGGCUGCAGGCCGAGCUGGCGCGGCUCAAGGUUCGGCGCGGCGUGAGCAGGAACGAGGAGCUGCUGGAGGCGGGAGCCCAGCCUGGCCCAGACGCCCAAGUGCCGCGGUUCGUGCGCGUGAACACGCUCAAGACCUGCACCGAAGACGCGGUGGAUUAUUUCAAGAGACAAGGUUUCUCCUACCAGGGUCGCGCCUCCAGCCUGGAGGACCUGCGGGCCCUGCAGGGCAAGUCUUUUCUCCUGGAUCCCUUGUUGCCGGAGCUGUUGGUGUUUCCCGCGCACACGGACCUGCACGAGCACCCGCUGUACCAGGCCGGUCACCUCAUCCUACAGGACAAGGCCAGCUGCCUCCCGGCCACGCUGCUGGCGCCCCCACCCGGGGCCCACGUCAUCGAUGCCUGUGCCGCCCCAGGCAAUAAGACCAGUCACUUGGCGGCUCUUCUGAAGAACCGGGGGAAGAUCUUUGCCUUUGAUCUCGACGCCAAGCGGCUGGCGUCAAUGGCCACGCUGCUGGCGCGGGCUGGUGUCUCCUGCUGCGAGCUGGCUGAGAAGGACUUCCUGGCAGUGUCGCCCUCCGAUGAGCGCUACCGGCAGGUCGAGUACAUCCUGCUGGACCCGUCCUGCAGCGGCUCCGGGAUGGUGACCAGACAGCUGGAGGAGCCUGGGGCAGGUGCACCCAGCCCGGAGCGCCUGCGGGCACUGGCGGGGUUCCAGCAGCGAGCCCUGUGCCACGCGCUCACCUUCCCCGCCCUGCAGCGCCUCGUCUACUCCACGUGUUCCCUGUGCCAGGAGGAGAACGAGGACGUGGUGCAGGCGGCCCUGCAGCAGAGCCCAGGCACCUUCAGGCUCGCUCCUGUGCUCCCUGCCUGGCCCCACCGAGGCCUCGGCACUUUCCCAGGUGCCGAACACUGCCUCCGGGCCUCCCCCGAGACCACCCUCACCGGCGGCUUCUUCGUUGCUGUCUUCGAAAGGGUGCAAGUACCCAGCUCAGCCUCCCAGGCCACAGCGUCGCCCCCGGAACCACUCAGCCCAGGCCCCAAGAGGAAGAAGAGACGGCGGAAAGCGGCAGGUGACCCCUGCGCCGCACCGGGGCCGUAGCAGCGGCUGUGCUGUCCCCCAGCGGCUGGACCCGGUGGCUGUCCCCGGGAAAGAAAAGGCAGGACAGGGCCUGAGAUCGAUCACAGUUUUUUAUUCUUAAUGACAUAAGCAAGGAGAAAAAUCUCACAUUCAUACUAAAAAUUCCAACUAGACUCAACAGGAAUUACAUCCGUGUGUCCGUAACGGGAAGCCCCUGCCGGCGCACGCCAUCCACUCACCCUCUCACUCACUCGGGCCCUGCAGGGGCCCCUGGCCGCUGGCCUGCCUGUGCAGGUGCAGCUGAGGUAAAGUGGCCGGGCGCGACACCUGCAGGCGGGGUGGGGGGGGGUCACGCCUACAUCACAUUGUUCCUAAAACAGCCCCAGGAGCGGCCCGGGCCACGCACAGGCAGAACUCACUACGCUACUCCUAGUCAGCAUUUACACUUAACCACCUCAGUGAACCAAGCUUGAAGGAAUUUAAAAGGCAAUUUAGCUUAAAUACAAAAAUAAAUUUUUAUUUUGUUAAAAAA